CUGUCCCGGCUGUGUCCCCUCCCAGCCCCCUGUGCUCCCCAACCUCUCAGUGGAAGGCGGCAUGAUAAGCAGUGCUCAGGGUGAGCGUGGUCAGGGGUACCCAGCUGCUGCUCCAGCCCCACGGAUCAGUGGAUGCUUGGAGUUGCCUCCAGACAGCCCCACACCAUCAGCGUGUGCCCGCUCGCUUGUCUGAUUUCCUAAAGCAGCAUGUGGCAGUGGAGCAGGGACCGCAUCACUCCCAAUCUCCCCUCAACGGGUGGAAAGCUUCCCCCCGUCCCGACCCGUGUCACGUCGAGGACGGAGAUCAGCACGCUCCCGAGCGAUGUGCCUCGGCCGGCUGGAAAUAAAAUUGUGGCCCGCUAUGAGUCACGAAAAUCCUUUCCCUGAUUUGACGAGAGCGAGCGCGGGGGGCGGCGGGGAGGGGAGAUGUCUCGGCUCUGUCCCCGCCGGGGCUCGGUUCUGACAUCAGCGCGGAACCGGGCAUAAAAGCGGCGAGCGGGGCCCCGGGGUGCAGAGGGAGAGCGCUGGGCUCUGCGGGACGGCACCGGGCGCCGCGGGACCGAGGUAAGCAUGGGGCGACGGGAGCGCGGCGUGGGCAGCCCCGCGGGACGUGAGCCCUGGACGCUGUUCCGUCCCCGACUCGCACGGCUGUUUCCCUGAGCCGAGGGCUUCGGCUGCAGGUGGGGCUGCUGCAAACUUCCUUGCUGGCAUGUCCGGGGGUGAGCCCGCCGCUAGGUCGCUGCCACCUUUUGCCAUCGGUCCAGGGAUGCUGUGACGGGAUCCGAAAGGGGAUGGCGUUCCCCGAUGGCAUUCCCACAGCAGGGACACGCUUUCUCCAUCACCUCAUUGCCAACCCAAUCAGGGUUCCACCAAGGGGAGCCCCCAGCUUCGUGGCAUCCUCAGAACGCGAUUGCUCUCUGUGUGUCCGCAGGCUGGGAUUGUUGCCAAGCCGCUAUCGGGGGAGAGCCUCGGGGAUGAAGCUGGGAGCCACCUGCCUGCUGUGCUUGCUGCUCACCUGCAUGGCCCUGCCCACCGCCGGCCGCCUCCGUGAGCGCUCCAUGGAAAUCAGGAACCCAGACAUCGACCCUUCCUGGUACACCGGCCGUGGCAUCAGGCCUGUGGGGAGAUUCGGGCGACGGCGAGCGCUAGGAGAAAGUGCCCAGCCCAGGGGGGCUGUCCUGCACCCUGCCUGCAUCCCCCCACGCACCCAGCCCCCCCGGGAACAGCGAAGCGCCUGAGUUGAAGAUGGGGGACACCAAUAAAAGCCCUUUUCCUCUCUUC